GCUCUCUUCCAACUCUCCUCCGUCAUCGCCAUCAUGACAAUUCGGUUCCUCGUCAACUUUGGCCUGUUGGCCUUGCCCAUCGCCAUCACAUUAGGCGUACUCAUUGGUCUUCAGAGCCAGCGUGAAGCAACAGGCGGUCCUCCCUUGUUCAAGCCUGAUCCCAAGCCGACCGGUCCCAAAAAGAAGACAGGCAUCACGACUGAGCAGCAUUGCCAAAAGUCAUAUGGUAUCCAUCCCGAAACCAAAGGUCAAGAAUAUACACUCAAUCCUAACCAGUGGGGUUGGGACGAAGGCGAUGAUGGCGGAUUAUGCUUAUAUGUCAAUAUGAACAACAACGAAACCUACGCCACAAACCACACUGCCCCUCGCUGGUCCGUAGUAUGGGAAUACCCUCAAGGUCCCGAAACAGCUCCUGUCCAUGCCUUCCCCAACAUCAAAGUCGACGGCGAUGUCUUCCCAGCCAAGCUCAGUUCCAUCGACAAGAUCGAAAUUGACUUUGAGUGGACGUACGCCGUCGGUAACAAGUCAGCCAAGGGCGCCAAGCAAGUAACCAAGACGGACCUCACAGAUCUCAAGGAUCAUUUGCUCAACGCCAACGUCGCGAUGGAUAUGUUCAUGGACAGUGACAAGACCAAGGCGCAGGACAGUGAGGAUGCGUCGCACGAAAUCAUGGUGUGGUUCGCAGCCAUUGGACCUGCUACGCAACCUCUCGGCUUCAACGUUGACGGGUCGAAUCCGCUUGCGAAAAAGACUCUUGACGGCACUGAAUUCAAACUGUACUACGAUAUUAACCAGGCCAAGCAAAAGGUCUUGACAUGGUACGCCGACACACCAGCCGAAAAGUUCGACGGUGACCUCUGGCCAUUAAUCGACGAGAUUCUCUCCAUGGACAACGCCGAUUACCCUUCCGCAUCAGAUUAUAUCGGAUAUAUGUCAUGGGGAACAGAAGCAUAUUCUGUCAACACAACCGUGACAUUUGACGUCCCAAGCUUGUCAAUAAACGUUGGAAAGAAGGCUUGAACAUCAUAGAUAUGCAUUAAUGUCUCUUUAUUUUUUUUGCUUACAUAUACCGAGUUAUUACCCAUCUAUAGAAUAAUAAAGCAGCGCAUUUGUUUAGUUACCAAGUCAAUUAUUUACUACAAGGCACGAGUUCAACAUGCACGAAACAAACAAAACGGCAGCCACGGUAACCAACCGUGAUAAACUCCCUUUUGCGCAGGUAAAAAGAGGGGAAACUAAUUACGCAAAACGCCGUGGCUUGUGAUGCAUGGCUAGGUCGUGGUGUGAGAAGAAAUGGCGUCCAAGUGGCGGACGGCGAGCGCGAAGAGUCUUCGUAUUCCUGUUGCUA